AUGUCUACCGUACAGCAGCUCUACUCACUUGAGGGCCACACAGCUCUCGUCACAGGAGGUACCAGAGGUAUUGGGCAGACCAUGGCUAUCGCCCUCGCCGAAGCAGGGGCAGAUGUCCUUCUUGUCCAGCGUGACGAGUCAAACCAGCAAACAAAACAAGCCAUCGAGAAACUCGGUCGUAAAGCAACAAUCUAUAUCGCAGACCUGUCCUCCAACGAGUCCGUCACAGCACUCACCCCUAAAAUCCUCGCCGAUGGCCACAGAAUCCACGUUCUUCUCAACUGCGGUGGUAUUCAGAAACGACACCCUGCUCACCAGUUUCCCGACAACGACUGGAAUGCCGUUUUGCAAGUUAACCUCACUUCCGUCUUCACACUCUGUCGCGAUGUCGGCGCCCAUAUGCUCGAGCAAGCAGCAGACCUUCCGCUGAAGAGAAGAGGCUCCAUCAUCAAUGUUGCCUCACUCCUCACCUUCCAAGGCGGUAUCACAGUCCCCGCGUAUGCUGCAUCAAAGGGCGGGGUCGGGCAACUCACCAAGGCUCUCUCCAACGAGUGGGCGAGCAAGGGAAUCAGCGUCAACGCGAUUGCGCCGGGAUAUAUCGCAACCGAUAUGAACGAGGCACUCAUCAAGGAUGAGAAGCGCGCGGAGAGUAUCUUGAGUAGAAUUCCGGCAGGCAGGUGGGGAAACCCAGAGGAUUUCAAGGGUGCGGUGGUAUUUCUGGGGAGCGCGGCAAGUGCAUAUGUUAGUGGAGAGCUGUUGACUGUUGACGGGGGGUGGAUGGGCAGGUAG